GUUUGAAACCUGUUUGCACUCGCCUCCCUCACAUUCCUUCAUGCAGACGCGUUCACGCCUCAAAGGCUUCCGUCCUUCACUUCAGCAUCAUGUUCGUGUCCCGGUCGCUCAGCCGCUUCAGGUUCUGCUGCUCGAAAAACAAAACACUACGAACCGACACCUUCAGUUCAGCCUGGUCGACCAGCCUCUUCUCCGGCUACAGCAGUGAACCACCGACCAAAGAUGUGUCUCUUCAUUACAGCCUGGGCCGCCCGGUCCUGUCGGUGCGUCUCCCUGCAGGUCGGCCAUGUCGCUUCACCCUGACGCCCAUGUUGACCACCGUGGGCGACCUGCUUCGAGACAUCUCAGCCAAAGACCCCGGGGUCCACAGUGCCGCUCUGCUGAACGGAGAUGGACAGAGAAUCUCCUCGUGCACGUUUAUGGAAACAGUUUUAAAUAAAGAUUUCCAGCUCGUCAUCAACGGCGUCACACACAAUGUUGGCUCUCUCGGCCAAGGUGCGUCUCAUGAGCACGUGUUGGGUCUGAACGAUAUGAAGUACGUGGUCCAGCUCCUUCAAGCCGCUCUGAAUCUCCCUCAGCAGCAACACGUCAAACACUCGGAGCUGCUGAUCCAACGGGAGCAACUACAACAGGAGCUCAGGCCACUGGAGAUGGUGAAAAUCCAGAUGGCGAAGGAGGCGGAGUCGAGAGCCUCCCUGCUGGGGUGGGCGGGGCUUGGUUACCUAUCACUACAGGGAGGAUUCCUGGGUUACCUCACCUGGUAUGUGUUUGCAUGGGACGUCAUGGAGCCAGUCACCUUCUUCAUCUCCUGCACCACCAGCAUGAUCUUCUUCGGCUACUACAUCCUCACAAAACAGGAGUUCAUGGUCACGGGGGCAAGGGAUCGUCAGUUCCUUCACUUCUUCCACCGCAGAGUGUCUCAACAGAAAUUUGAUCUUCAAAAAUACAACGAGCUCAAAGACAAGAUGGCCGAGGUGGACGAUGAUCUCCGGAGGUUGAGAAGUUCGAUCCGUCUGCAGCUGCCCGUGGAACAGGUUCAAAGUUCCCGCUGAGAUUCUUGUGUCAUUAAAUUUCACCUUUGUUUGUUUACAGUGAUAUUUUCUGUUGUAAUCAUUUUGGACUUUAUUAAAGAUGCGGUGAAAUAAAACAA